AUGUCUGUGGAGCGACCGGAAUCGAAGAAUCCUAUAUGUUUUCAUCUUUUUAAUUGUGACAAAACGUAUAAUCUAGAUGUCGUUAGUAACUUACUGAGCGCUGUCAAUGAGAAAUCCAUUGGCCUUGACAUAGACUCGAAACAGAAGUACUUUCGUCUCCCCGAAAUGUCCAACUUGUGCGAUACUAUAAGGUCCGGGCCCGCCAUGGAUUUUGCCAUCUUUGCCGUCAAUGCGAACGAAUCACGGCUGUCCAUUAAUGAACAGAACGCUGGAAUAGGUUACGGAAAGUUUUUCAAGGCUCUAUUAGAGGUAACAGGUCAGUAAUCAAGAGGAUUUUUUUUUAAGGCUUUGAAGUUUUUUUUUUAAGAUAUAUAAUAAUGAAAAUGAAAUUAGGCAUGAAGUCUAUUGAAAGGGAAGGCAAGGUAAAACUAUAAAGGGUGCUUUGAGGGAAAUACGACAUGGGAAAGGGCCGCUAUUGCUUGUAACUGAAUAUAACGAUGAACUGAAAAAAAACUUGUGUAUAAUACAUUAUUGCGUGACGGCGCGAAUCAUGUGCAUCAAAUGCAAUAGGACGAACUUCUGAAAUUUUGCUUUUCAUUUUCUAAAAAAAAUGAAAGAUAUAAUUUUCCAAUUUUGAAUAUCUUUUUAGUAACCAUAAGAAUUUUAAUAUUUUGUUUUGAACAUUAAUAAUUAUAAACUGGGGGUCUCAAUGGGGUUAUGGGGUUAAAAUUUCGGCUACUUUACGGCCAUUUUUUAAGCUCAUUCCAUUGCUGUCACCAGAAAUAUAUUUAUAUAUUUUUUAAACGGUUAGCUUUUUAAAAACUAUUGGUUUAUUGUUCGGCCGUUUUACGGUUUUCGGAUAACCCCAUUGAGACCCUCUAGGUUGUUAACGUUGUCAUUGAAUUCGAACCUUUUCCGCUGAUAAUAUAUCUUAAAGGCAAUACAUUAUAUAAUAUUUAAAAAAUGCUUCACAGAUAUCUUAACGUCGAAGGAUUCGACCUGUGAUUAUAAUUUUCGACCACUAGGCAUAGAUAUUCAUUAGUAGGAGACGUGGUUAACUGAAAGUUAGUGCACUGGCUCCAAUUCGAGAGAUCUCGGCUUGAGACCUGGCCAGUGUAUGUAAUUGCGUUUUAAGGCGGAUUCUUCACUAUCAUACACAAUAGCGCCUCUCUCUUCACUCAGUUAGUAAAAGUGGGUACUAACGUGGCGAAAUGCGGUGAUGAAUUAGCAUUCCAUUCACAGGGAGUAUCUCUACACACCCUUUUUAUCAGCAAAUGAAAUUUACUUUUCCACAUUUGAUCGAUUCAGUUUUUAUGUACUUUCAGUCCGCCACAUUCAACCCCAGGUUGUUUUUCUAACGAUACAAAUUUUACGUUAAGUCGUAGCUCAAUUCUUAUCUUAACCAAUAGGUGAACGAGUGAUUGUGGUUAUUGGUGCAGACGAUAAUUAUAGAGAUGCUGUUGCAGAAGACACAUCUCUCCUUUCACGCUGGGCGCGAAGAAAGGUUUCAUCCCAGUUCAACGAAGAAUUCUUGGAUGGAAGCAAGGGCUUCAUUUUUUCUUGGAACAAAGCUCACAGAGUGAUUCACGAAGAGGCUCUGAAACAUUUCCUCGAUCCUAGCAAGAAGGAUCACAAAUUUGUCUUACAGAAAAAAGAUGAAUCAGUAACGUAUUUCAAGUCCUCUGAUCGGAAAGAGAGGGUAACGAGUGGAACUGUAACAGUUGUCUCUGAGGUAGAACCUUAUUUAAUAAUCGCUGUUAGAGCUAAGGGGUAAUUUUUGAUAAGAGGGAAGGUAUUUUUUGAUCCCAAACCCUUUAACAUUUUUUUGGAAAGUGGGUAUUCUCAGAGGUCUAUUUACAACUGUUAUUCACCUCGCAAAAAAUACUGAGAAGCGUAGUAAACAAAGUUGUCUCUGCUUUUGUGAAUGAAAAAAAGUUUUGAUUGAAACAUCAUGUUUGCUUAUGAAAUUUCAAAUGGAGACUGUAACUUGCCUAGAUCGAUCAACCAUAAGAAAUUUUAAACUGAUACGUUUAUAUUUGGAUAACGAUAUUUUCAAGUAUCGUUUGCUUUAGUACGCGUGUACCGUUUCGUCUGUUACAGAAAGCUGAAUUUCAUGAUCAAAUGAGCAGGAAUACCACUGCAUCAAACAAUACAGAAGGGAACUACUUGGAAAUAGAAAAUGCGAAACCCCCUGAGGGAUUUCCACUCGACGCUAGACCCAGGCCCGAGCAGGACUCCAACUCUUUACUUCAGUCUUGUGCAUCUACUUACGCUGAUACGCGUGACUUUGACGAGAAACCUACAGAUAUGAGCAGUACGUUGGUCCAGUUUUAGUUAUUUUUCUAUUUAAAGUAGAGAGAUCUGUAAGGAAAAAUGAUCCUUCACCCACCCCUCUUUUUUUUUCUUUUCGACCUCAUCGUUAUCAUGAUGAUCUUCGUUAUCAUCAUUAUUAUCAUAUAAAUCAUCAACAUCAUCAUCAUUAUCAUAUAAAUCAUCAGCAUCGUACAGAUUAACAUCCCUUUCCUUUACCAUCAUAACUAUUACUAUUGGUAAUGACUGUAAAUAUAUGAGAGCCAUAUAUGUGCACUGCAAUUGAAGAAACGAGUAUAGAAGCGAUCCUCGCAGUUAUGAACACUACUGAUCUAAUAUUUGAAAUAAUUCAGGCCCGUUCACUAAUUUAAAUUGAGCUCGGUCAAUAGAGAGAAGCUAAUAUUUCCUUUUUGUAUGUCAGAUAUAGAGUCAGAAAAAAGGAUGGGAGCAGCUUGUCGGGAAUCCUUCGAUUCCAUGAACACAAAACCAUUAUCACCAAUGAAAAAGGUACUGAUCCUUGGUUGGAACCAGUCUGAUAUACGUUUGGUGAAAGAAUUGUUUGCUGAUGAUGUUCUUAGCAAGGUUUUUAUCUUCAGCGGGUCUCCCGGUGAUCUCGGGAGCGAUUCAUCAAUCUUCACUGGCCCUCUAAAAUCCUGUUUCAUUGUGGUAGAAGCCAGAAUCCUAAAGGAUGAACUUCAAUUCAAAUCACAAACAAAAUCAUAUAAAUGCAUGUUGGAAUCGGCGAAAAGAAAUGUAGGUAAGAACAAUCUUAAAGUAUGCAUACGUAUUGGCUUCAAUUGAACGUAGCUCUCGGUGUUUUGGUCUGGCUUUGUUAUUGUUUAUACAGGCCCUAUUUAAACCAGCUUUGAGCUGUACUAGGCCAGCCUGUCUAAAUAUCGCCAAUACAUUCAUACACAACAUUGUUAUUAGCUUUUCUUUAGCUUAACCCUGGCUAUGCGGAGACCUCAUAUACCAUGGAAGGAGAAGUGGUGCAUACAGACUAAAAUACAUAACACUCAUAAUUAAAAACACUUCGUAACUGUUAAACAUUAGAUGGCGACUGACUGAAAAUUCUACGAACGUUUUUAUAUGGUUAGCUGGACAGAAUUAUGCCUAUGCAACAGUCAUUUUGACCAUCAACACUUAGUUUACAAAAAUCGAGCGUUUGUCUGUUUAUUAAGAUAUUAUUAUGUGCUGUUGUGAAAACUUGUUCAAUUUUGAUUUCAGGCGGAAAAAUUGUCGUAAUUAUCAGCGACCGUAACAGUAACAUGUCACCGAAUGAGGAAAACUUAAUUACAUCAAGAAUCAAGGAACUUCUUGGCGACAAGGGCGUUAUUUUUUGGUGGAAGGGGAACAACCCGCAAAAGCAAACUCCAAAACGCUCUUGGUCACUUAGACGGAAAAGAGCUCAAAAAGAUAAUGAUGGUGCAGCAGCCACAGUAUCAGAAACUAAGGAACGUCAGCUAUGCCCCGAUGACUUUACCCUCCUUUUUAAGGCCCGCCUACGCUACGGUGAGAUUUCUCUUCAAGAUGAAAAUGAGAAGUUCGAUGAAGAUAUGCUUCCCUCAGAGAUCAAGGAGAACUUAAGGAGAAAAUGGCAAUCGACUGCCGAUGCAGAAUUGCUAGUUUUUCGGGAAAAAACAACUGGUGACUAUCGAACUAUUGUUAAUCCCACUGCAACUUCCCCAGUAAGUAAGGUGUAUGAGAUGUUCUUCACAACUUCAAUAAAUCCCUUUCGUCGGCUAUAAAAAAUAAACCUGAAAAUGCAACUGAUCAUGCGACAUGAGUGUAUUUGGAGAAUGUGUAAAAGAGUAGCAUCCAUUGCUGUCAGUCACUAAGUCUUUUGGUUGGAUGUUAUCAUUGGUACAUCUUAAUUAGUUCAGUUUUGCUAUCAGAAAUGUGACUGUUGUUGAGAUUGUAAAUUGCAUAAUGUCGAGCAAUAUCUACAUUUUCUCUUUAAUUCUUUAAUUCUUCAGGAAUUUCCACCCAGUUUAUUUAAAAACUCUUAACUGGCGGUCAUCUUUGAUUACAGCAGUACAGAGCCAUUUUUUUGAAGGUCAAAAUGAAGCGUAAAUGUACCUAUGGUUCAACAUAAAAGAAAAAGUUAUGUAAUUAAAACAAGAUGUCUCCUCUGCAGAAGCGAAUCUGUCCCUUAUCAGUAAGUUCAGACUUGAACAAUUAGUUGUUAUGAAUAUAUAAUAAAACUGAAAUGUGAGCCAAUAGGACCAUUAUGGCUUGGUUGAUCUCAUUUCAUCUGUUUGCUCUCUUCUAUGUCACCGGAUAAUUUAGACGAUUGACAUGAGGGAAUGAACCAUUUGUCGAAUGUUUUGAUUUCCUAAUUAACUGUAAUUUAAGGAAAAGCAUUCAUACUUUGAUAUGUUCGAGAGCGGUACCGUUUGAAAAGGUCAAAAUUUUUAUGCCGCAGAAGUAGUAAAGGAACAUUAUCUAUUCCCCUUGAGUAUUCACUUGUUAUUGGUUACGACGAACUCGAUUAGGUGAAAAGUCUUACCUCAGUCAAAUUAAUCCUUCGUUUCAUAACCGCAGCAUCAAAGAUAAACGUUUAACCCUUUACACCCUAAAAUCAAUUCCCUGAGGUGCUGACAAGGAGAAUUUGUUUACUAAUCAAAAGCUUCUCUUGUUGAUGAUCAUCUCCUUUAUUCUCAUGAUCUUAAUGUGUGAUUCAGGGGUGAUAUUGUAUAGAGAAAUUUGAUGCUAGUCACUCUUUGGGUUUAAAAGGUUAAGUAACGGGUCGUUGAUGCAUUCACAGAUAGUUCUUAUAGGUGACUGUAUACUUGAAGUGCAGUUUAACGCAACUAUGUCUUUACAAUAUCAUAUAAACUAUGUUUUCGUUGGAACAACCAACUUGCACCUUUGGGUAGCAUCAUAGAAAUUGCGUGACUCUUUUAAUAGUGACGUUUAUACUAGGAAUCGAAACAAAACCGUAAAGGUCAUUUCUAAGAACGCGUUCAACAAACUCGAAGACAAACAAACAAGUCGGAAAGCAGCUCAGUUCAUCCAGUAGUCUAAAAUUUCGCCUCGAAACAUAACCAAUGUCCGAGAAGAAGCGCGUGUAUCUUUUCAACUGCGAUAACACUUACGAUCUUACCGUCGUUGACGCUUGGAUUCGAUCCGUCCAAGAGAAAAUACCUUUCACUUUUACGGUAUCGAAACAUUAUUUCAGUCUCCGUGACAUGUCUAAAUUAUGCGAAAACACCAUUUCUAAACUUCACAUUGAUUUCGCUUUUCUUGUGGUUCAUGCCGAUGAAUCUUGUCUAUCAUUCAACCAUAGUAAAGUAGAAAGCGGUUACACCAAAGUUUACAGAGCACUGCUGGACGCUACUGGUAAGUCUUCUCCACUGUCAUGGCGGAAGUAUAUUUUGUUGACAUUUUCUUGCUCUCAUCUUUAUACAUGUUUUAGGGAGUUUGUUCCAUAAGCCUACCUGUGCGAUUGUAAAUUGGUGCCAUCGUUCGAAAAAUUGGUUCAACAGGCUGAUUUUAACUUUUAUUUAUAAUAAAGGCUAACCAAGCAAAACUGUUUCGCUUUCAUACCUAGAUUUUUUGGCUUGAAGAUUUACAAACACUCAAAACCAGAAUGAAAUUUUAGUACAGUUGUCUUCGCCAUCUGGAGACUAGCUUUCUUUUGUAAUCAGGGUAAUACGACAUCGCCAUUGUGAGUGAAACGUCGAGAGACGCUGUACAUAAAUUAUAUACGAGUGCAACCUAGUUGAGUAAUCAUUGCCAUCUUUGAAUACGUUAUAUGAGUCAAGCAAGAAACCUUUGAAAGUAAGUUCAAGUGUCGUCCAUUCCACUUGCCACAAGUUUCUUUGAAAACAAACGCUAAACUUCAUUCAGUUAGCAACUUGCACGAAAGGUUGUAUUUCAUUAUUUGGAGGAUAAUUGAGUGAGCUCCAAUUACAUAGUAUACGGAAUUAUAUCUUCUUCUAAUUCAAUUCCGUUCUCAGCGCAAUCAAAUCUAUUGUCGAGACAUUUAAUCGGAGGCUGGAUCUUUAUAUUUUUAAGGAGACAGGGGCAACUUGCAAUUCCAGAAGACAAAUACUUAAUGUGAGCAAGAGAAAAAUCGAGGUAGGCCGCGUCUAACCUCGAGAUCGGAGGAAUAAGGUUGUUCGCAAAAGAAAGCAAUAAUUUCAACAGUGUAGUGUAUUUGUGAUAAGCCCUGAAUACAUCAUAAGACGUUUACGAGUGGACGAAAGGUUUGGUUCCUGAUAAUUUUUAAGGUGAGAAAGUCGGUGUGGUUAUUGGUGGAGACAGCCAUUACAAAAACCAAGCAGAAGAACACAAAAAUAUCCUAUCACGCUGGGCACAUCGGAUUGUCGGCUCACAGCUCAAGGAAGAGUUUCGUGAUGGGAGAAAAAGCUUCGUAUUUUCUUGGAAUGAAAAACACCGAGCAAUCCACGAGCAGGCACUGCUGCAUUUCCUUGAUCCGAAGAAAGCAGGAGUCAAAUUUGACUGUCAAUCAGAGAUGCCCGCCAAAACGGAUGCAGCUAGUGUUGUUGAGAAGGUACACACAUUGUUCAUGCGCAGUUUAUAUAAGCAGAUUCAAUUUCGGGCGAGAGCUAAAACCGAGGACUGGCCUACAAAGCCGAGGUCUAUUGGUAAACUUCAGAAAGACUAAUGUGGAAAGUCAAAUGUAGCUAAGAUGUUGUUUUACAAAGAUCCAUGGCACAACCAAAUGUACAAACCAAACCAGGAGAGAAAAGUUUUGGACUUUACUUCCCUGGAAUUUGAGCAGCAAGCCUCGACUCGAUACAAAUAACCCAGUUUUCCUGCCACAGGUUUAAAUAUGCUUACUGGGAGACGGCACUGUAUAACAGUGGCAAAUGUCUCCUCUGUUUAAGAGUUACCAAGGUAUACCGGCCAGGAAAAAUAGGUUAGGUCACUCGAUGGUCAAAGGAUUGCCUAAAACUAAGACACUGAAAACCCCCAUAAUUACGGUGGCCUCAGGCAAGAAAAUUAGAUUGAAAAGUGUGUGCGUCCUCUUUUCAUUUGCAUGGCGAAAGUCAAGGGAAAGUUAGAGGCUGGCUCGCUUUUAGUAAUUUAGGACAUUAAUUUUUUUUUCUUCCUCAGUCAAUUUCCGUACUUGACAAAGUAACUUGCGAUGUUGUGGAUUCCUCGACCAAGGAAAACAGAAAAGGUAUAAUUAGCAUAAAGGUCAGUUAGUGACCCUGCAGCUGAGCCAGGUUGUUCGAAAGGGGGUUAGCGUUAAUGUAGCAAGUUAACCUUGGCUCUUAUUUCUCGUGUUGAAGAGCGCGUAUAAGAGUUAAGGUUUUGUUGCCGAUUUUAUCUCGAUAUGACUUGAGACUAGCUGGAAAAAAAUACAAAAGAAAAAAUUAAUUUGCAAAGCUAUUAAACUCUGUUGAAAAGUAUACUAAUAUUAUACUAAUCCCGUGUAAGGUUAGUCGUGUUUUGAACAACUUGGCCCUGCUGAUGACUUGGAUGCCAUGAGUAGAUUCAGAUCUCACAAUCAGUCAGUCUGGGAUCGACACUGCUCUGUUAGCUAGGCUUGGGUGAUUAAUAUUUUCACUGCCUGCCUUUUGUCGGGAGUGAGUAUCUUAUGAAUUAAGAAAAAUUGUGUUUCCUUUUUUGGGGAGCAGGACCGUCAAAUUCAAGAAAUAUUCCCAAACCACUUUAGCAACAAGACGCAGGCCAAAAGAAUCAUUUAUUAAACAGGCAUAAAACUCAAUAUCAACAUGUUUUAAAAAUGUCAACAUUUUCAUGACAUUAACUAGUGAGUUGAAAGGCAGAUCAUGCCUUCAAUAUAGGUUGAAUGAAUUAGAUAUUAAACGACUGACAGUAGAGAAGUCACCAAUACUUUGGCAUUUUUUUUGUCCAUAAGUAAUAUGUGCAUGAUGUUCGGAAGGAAAUCCUCUUUAAUGGAUUUAUUUAUUUGCAUUUCAUGCUGGACUUCAAUCACAUGUCCACUAUGUGUCCAAUAUCGACUAUCUGUCUUCUUCUCAGGCGUUGUGGAUUUCAUGGUUCUCUGCAGUGACCAAUCAGCUGUGACAGUCAUUUGCAAAAUGUACCCCUUGUCAGGCAUGCGUACUCACUCUGACAUACAUGUUGGCAGCCCCAAAGAGCUGAAAUCUCAUCUGCAGGAGGGUACCUCUGUGUCGUUAUGUGCCAUUGGGCUACAGGCGAGUGCUUUAAAACAGAUUGCAUUGUCAAACGAAGAAAUCUGGAAGAGAUCUGACUUUGGAGAACUGUUGAGGACUGUUCAAAAAGCAGCUGGUAAGAAAAGUCACAGAAAAUGUAAACUUAGUGUUUGAGGACACGGUCUGACCCACUAUAGGGUCAAAAUGGCUAUCGGUUAAAAUCUUGACCAAUUUACGGCUAACGGUUAACAUCUUUCUAAGUGGUCACAGGAAAAUUUUCACGGUUAAUGUUUGUUACGACUAACGGUAAAAUUUGUUGAUUUUUACGCCUAAUGGCCAUUUUAAAACGGUUAACCCUAUUGAGACCCUCCUGCUAUGGUAGAGUUAAUACCCAAUAGUUGGGCCUCUGUCAAAGGCUCAAUUUUAUAAACUAAAGAUGUAGCUGCUGGCUGUGGUCUACUAAAUACCCAAUUAAACUCAAUCCUGAUUUUUUUAAGGGAGGGUUUUAGUUCGAUUUCAGUUUGAUAGCCGACGAUGAUGGCCGGAUGAUCAAUUUUUCGUCUUAGCUAAUGAUAAACAAUAUCUUCAUCAGGUCACUAGUGGGCCCUGUUUAAAUAAAAUCUACUUUGCAAUACCAUUUUGUGUAAUUUUAACUAUGAAUUUAGUUCGACGAAACAUUUAAAAUCUAUUUUCUUAAAAGAUACGGGAAUAUUGAAGAGUGAUAAUUUCGAGUAAAGUUACGUUUAUUGAAUGUUAUAACAGCAGGUUUCUUUCUGACGUAUUUUUACCAUUUCUACAUCCAGACAGAGUGGUAGUCGUAAUAAUGCACUCAGACAUAAUUGCGGAGACGUUGCCACUAUCACAGAGCGAAGAAGUCCAGGUAACUGAAAAAGUGGAGUUGCUGCUUGGCGAGAAAGGCAUUGUCCUUUGGUGGAGAGGACGCCCUCGCAAGUGUGACGGAGUCCUUAACGAAAUGCUAGUGUUGAAGACGUCUAUUCGCUUUGGUAGGAUCUCAUUCGCAAAAGGGGAUGUGGUAGAAAUGAAAGAGGGCUAUAAGCCACCGGAGCACUUGGUCUCUGAUUUUCUCGAGAAAUACAGUCGUGUUCCUCGGGCAGAAGUAGAGAUCUAUUGUGAAGAGAGUUCGGGAGGCGUUCGCACUGUCGUCAAAGAGCUCGAGUCAGUCAUGUCUCGCGCGUUGUCAGAUUACAGGCUAGCAAUGAAAAGCCAUCAGAACUGAGAGACGAAAAUCAGAGAGACAAAAUAACUUACAAUCUUAAACCGAGGUCUUGUUUUCAAGAGUGCUGAAAGUUUCUUUUGCUUAUUUACUUUGCAGUUACUUUGCUCUAUUAUAAAGAGCACGAUUUUUUUUCUAUAGCUCAAAAAAAUGAAUUAGGAACUACGUGUGAUUCACUAAACAUGACGAAGCUGAGCAAAGUCCUUCAAGAAGAAAAAGUUACGAAAUCCCAUUUCAUUUGACGUCACUUUUUGAUCGGAAAAUGUAUACUUACAUUAUAUUUGAAUACAGAAACAAUCAAAAAAGUGUUGAACAACACUUCAGAAGUCAAUUUCCUGACGGAAACUUAAAAGUCGCAAGAGAAUGUUUUUGCAUGAGCAAUUUAUGUAAAUCUCAAGUAGAAAAAAAAUAACUCAUUAAAAGUCCAUUUUUCCUCUCCUUAUUGGAUUCUGGUCUUGGUAGCUAUGAAAAGCUUUCUAUAAGCUGUGUGGCCAUAAAAUCAAAUUACUCGGCUCUAUUUUGUAGUUCCUACAGUUAUAAAUAUAAUUUUUGCCAAAAACAAAUUCUAAUUUAGGUAAUCAUCACCUACAGAAGAGAAAAACCGCUAUAUUUUAUCCCUGUUCUUUACUGCGUAUGUUCAGUUUGAAAACGGACGCGCCGUUCUAAAUUGCGGUUCAUAAAAUGAGUUCCUAUUUGGUCACAAGUGAAUGAUUGAGAAGACAACUGAGGGAGCUGAGAGAACUGUUCUCUUUGAUGAAGUUUUUCUUUAUUUACAGAUUCAUAUACGAAUUAACCUAAUACUAUUCAUAUAUCUCUAUUUAUUUAUUAAUCUUUUUUCUUCUUGUUAUCCCGAUUUUCGUCAAAUGUCUUGUUAUUCUAGCGCGGUCAGAAUUUUCUUGCAUUGAGAACAGUAAAGUAAGUUGCGUGACUGUCACGCAGAAGCAUUCUCGGAAAAGUUGUAACGAGCCGUUGCAACUUAAUUCCCUGAAUUACACAGUAAGAGCAAAUCGCGAGCAAAGGAACAAGCGUACACAGUGAUCGAAAAGGACGUGUUUGGUCAGAAAAAGCUGACUGAAUCACAUCAUGGCGAAAAGCACGACUCAAACCGUUUAUCUUUUUAACUGCGAUAAAACGUUUAUACUGGAUUCAGUGGAAACGCUUUUACUCGAAGUGAACGGUAAAUGCAAUUUCAAGGUUGAAAAGUUACAUUUUCGUCUGAAUCAAAUGGGGGAACUUUGUAAAACCACUAUUCCUCGUUUACAAAUGGAUUUUGCGGUUUUUGUGGUUCAUGCACAUGAAUCUCGUUUGUCGAUCAACGAGGACAACGCCGGAAUUGGUUACGCGAAGAUUUACAGGGCUUUGUUAGGCGCCACUGGUGAGUUCAACAAGAAAACAGUUUCUUUGGAGUAGAAUAUUCAUCUGACGCUAAAAAAUUGAUAAUUCAUUACAGAUUAUGUUUUUGAAAGUUGCAAAGAGAUGAAUUUUAUUCGGGUGGGACAACAACUAGAUUUUCGAACAUUGCUGAAAGACAAUAACAAACCAACUUUCGCUUUUAUUAAAUCGGCCAUUGGUCACAUGAUAUUUGUAUUCCAUGUACAUGUCACGCAAGAGCAAACGGAAGUUUGUCGCACUAAAGAAUGUCAUCCUAUGAGUCGCUUUUAAAGACAAGGAAUCAAAGGAUAUUUGCUAUCUUUUUCAAAACAAUAGAAUAAAAAUGCGUUACGCUCGCACAUGCCGUAAAAAUCAAACAGUGUUUUAGAUGCGAAUAUCUUGUUGAAUAAUUACAGCAUAUUAUUUACAAGAGUUGAUAUCAAUCAUAUUAAGUUGGCAAAUUUCCAUUUCAUAACGGUCAAUUUUCAUAACGGUCAAUUUUAAAGUCAAACAAAUAGUUGUUAGAAUUCUGUAUUUAUUACUAUCAGUUGUCCAAAAAAGUCUGAAAUUCAUAAUUAGGGGAUAAAGUCUUAAUAGUCAUUGGUGGCGAUGACAACUACAAAGAUGAAGAAGAAAAAGCCAAGUUUGUGAUCUCACGUUGGGCGCGUAGAAAAGUAGCUUCACAGUUCCAUGAGGAGUAUCUUGAUGGCAGGAAAAGCUUCAUUUUCUCAUGGAGCGAUAGACACCGAGCAAUUCACGUGGAAGCACUGUUGCAUUUUUUGGAUACCACCAAGAGUGGGCAGAAGUUUGAAUAUGUACCAACAUCAGAACCUGUUACUUCGGCUUCAGUGACAAAUGUUGAGAGAGAAGUAUUGCAUAUUUAUUUUUCUUGAAAGUAAAGCUGUGAAUGUUUCUCUUUUCCUUCACUUUCCUUUUUCCUUUUUGCUUUACCUCCUCUCCAAAACCAUUUUCUAGUUUGGGGGAAAACAGGCUGUGUGAAACAUUGAUUCCGGGAAGGAAAUCAUAAUUUUUUGUCUUCGUAAUUAAAACUCUUCAUCCCUUUCCUUUGAAUAAUAUUUAGAAAAUAAAAGGAAAUUAUAGAAUAACGUGUUCAUUCGCACCCCAGAGAGAAGAUUCUCCGAAAAAGCCUGAGCAUGAUGAAGGAAAUGGAUCCUAUGGACAAAAUGAUCAGAAAGGGACAAGUCAAAAUGAAGUAUCUGGUGGGAAAGGUAAGGAUCGAAAACAGGAUUCUCAUCCUCAACUCAAGAAUUCUUUCUAGAGUGUUUUAGUCUGUGGGGUAGCUGUUAUCGCAAAUGGCACAACUCUUCUGUCUCUCUAAAACGCAACAGAGCUUUGCGUCGCAAAAUCAAUGUCUCUUGUUUUCUUUUUUUUCCUUUUUUUUUACUUUCUUAAUUUUUAUCACAGAACCAGAUAAAGCUACCUGUGACUACCCAGCUGGAAUGGUGCUCUUGGAAACUUGCAUGCGUUAUGGAAAGAUUUCUUAUCAGCCUCUGGACGUUGUGCAGUGGAAGAAAAGUUGGCGGCCUUCGACCCAACACGAAUCAGACGUCAUGGAACGCCAUAAGCAGACACCGAAGGCUACAGUUAGGUUUAUUAGUGAUGGAAAUGCAGCAGUUAGAUGCGUUGUUAAGGACGUGACGCCUGUUUGGAGCAGG